ACACGUUCAUUUUAUGCUACAAAUUGUGUCUAAAACUUCAACUCGACAUUGACAAUCAAAUUGUUUUCCUCUUGUUUCUUUCUCUUGCUGUUUUAGAACGCAUAAACAGACGAAAUGGCAAAGUCUAAGAAUCACACAAAUCACAACCAAAACCGCAAAGCCCACAGGAAUGGCAUCAAAAAGCCUAGGAACCAAAGGCACGAAUCCACCCUUGGCAUGGACCCCAAGUUCCUGAGGAACCAAAGGUUCUGCAAAAAGGGUAACCUGAAGCCAGCAAAGCAGCUAGCGCGUGCCGCCGAGAGGAAAGCCACGCGGGAAGCUAAGGCCAAGAAAUGAACAUCUAGCUGUAAGGAAAUAAAAACUAAAACUUA